CGGAACUAGUAUGGUAAUGACCGGUUCGUUUAUCUAGUCGUCGAUGACCCUCGACGUCAUCUUGUCCAUCUCCACAUUUGAACGGUGUCGCCUAUACUCAAUUUACCUUAAAAAACAAAUUACAAGUUUGAAAAGAGAUAAAAAACAACAACACAAGGAAAAUGACACAUGUGUGACCGGAGUUUGUAAACUCGUAUAAAACGAACCGGCGCUCAUUCUACUCCGGACUUUAUCAGCGGAUAACGAAUCCUCGCAGACAAUUAAUUUUAUAAAGACAACGAGAAUUUAAUAAAUAAAAAUAAAUAAUAGGUACAAUACAAGUUGUUCGACAAUAUUGUGAGUGUUUGUAUCGUGUGUGAAGUGAACGUGUUAUUUAAAAUCGGUAUAAGAAAGUGUUGUAAUUACCCAUAAUUAAAAUGUUGAAGUUUGCGACAACCGUGACUCUGUUCCUUCAAUUACUGCUACAAGUGCAAUGCUUAUAUUCCGGAGACAACUGUUCUGUUGGCAAUGAGUUGGGCAUCUGUUUACCCCUGCGGCAAUGUCGCCACAUCUUCGAGGAAGUCAUGAGGGCAGGCAACCCCAUACCACCACACAUGAGCCACAAACUACAUACACUGACUUGCGGUUUUGAAGCUGUAAUGCCUAUGGUUUGCUGCAUAACAUCAGCUCAAACGCAUGGAGACAUCAUAAGUCCAGACCGCAAUUCCAAUACAGUGGGGUCUGGAGACGACGUUGAAGCGUUUACCAGAGCAACCCUCGACAAUAAGAAUGGACCAAUCCUUGUGGAGAGUCAUCCCAACUUGGGACUCCUGCCUCUUCAGUGUGGUAACAUAGAGAGUGAUAGAAUAUGGGGAGGCAAUAGAACACGACUGUAUGAAAUGCCAUGGAUGGUGCUUUUGUCGUAUGAUUCAGCUCGAGGACCAAAAUUGAGCUGCGGUGGUUCCCUGAUCAACGAGAGGUAUGUUCUGACGGCUGCCCAUUGCGUCUCCUUCUUGGGCAACCGACUACGGCUGAAUGGAGUCAUCCUUGGCGAAUAUGACGUUAAACAGGACCCUGACUGUGAGAUGUCGGAUGGCAAGAAAUAUUGUGCUCCGAAUAUUAGGAACGUGUCGAUAGCGUCAGUUAUUGCUCAUCCUGGGUACACCCCUCAGAGCUUGGUUGACGAUAUAGCUUUAAUACGACUUGCUGAACCAGCUAAUUUCAGUCUUGAUAGUAUGAAACCGGUGUGUCUGCCAGUGUCUUCUGACCUCCAGAGGGAGUCCUUAAUAGGCCAGAACGCCGUAGUGGCUGGGUGGGGAGUGACGGAAGACGGCCUGGAGUCAUCCGUACUGCUGAGUGUCGACCUUCCAGUCAUCAGUAAUACUGACUGUAUGACUGCUUACAGAGACUCGCUCAAGUUAAAAGACACUCAAAUAUGUGCCGGUGGAGUUAAAAACAAGGAUUCCUGCGGAGGAGAUUCAGGUGGACCCCUCAUGUUCCCGGGGAAAAUGGGAAACUAUGGAGUGCGGUAUGUCCAAAGAGGAAUCGUGUCCUUCGGCUCUAAGAGAUGUGGACUUGGAGGAUUCCCAGGUGUUUACACUAAUGUAGCUUACUAUAUGAACUGGAUUCUGGAAAAUAUUCACAGCUGAUGUACGAUGGUUGAUAAUAAAACUGAAUGAAUACUCUAAAAGUUAUGGACUGACCCCAAUAAUGUUUUAUGGGGAAGCUAAUGUGUAAUAAAUACCAGGAAGAAAUGGAACAGUAUAUGUUAGGUAGUUAUUGAAUCAUAUUUGUUUGUAUACGGGUACUAUUUCUGGUAUUCUUAAGAGAGAAUUGGUUUUGAACAUAUUGAAAGACCUUUGCAAAACAAAUAAAAACAAUUUAUUGACAGUUUUAUACCUAAGCGUAGCAAUUGUUGUGUUGGUAUCACAGUUGUGUAAAACACUCUCUUAUAAUAAAAUGAAAUCGAAAAUUUCUUAUGUCUAAGUCAAAAUAAAUUAUACAUAUAUUUGUAAAUGGACUUUUGUACUCUUACACAAUCCAUAACUUUUCGAAUUGAGAUAACUAAUAAGUGCAUAAGUACAAAUCAUGUUUUUAAUGGAAAAUAUAAUGGCAGAUGUAAUGGAAAACUCAAUCUAAAUAUAAAACAUUUUGACUUAUUUUUAUGAGUACUGUUGCAGCUCUGGAAAGCUCGAUUAUUUCUCUAAAGCUUGGUGCAGCUUGUAAGGUAGCAUUUAUCUUGGAUUUGUGUGCCGUAUUUUCCUUAUGUUACGACAAGAUUAUUAUUAUUAUUGCUAGUCACGAAACGUGAAUUUUAUAUGUGCGGUAACUUUUAUUUGUAUUUCUCUUCUUUAAGUUUAUCUUAAGAAAGCUAGUCUAGUAUUUUUAUUGAAAAGACAUGUUUAUUACAGUAAAUGAU